CUUAACCAUUUUUAAGAGGAAUAACAUCACUUAUCGCCACUAGUGUCAACAAAUUAGGGUUUCCACUUCUCCGAUCAUUAUCGGCGCCGGCGUUAGCACAACAACUCACAGUUACUAUUACAAUCUUCACCAUGGCCACUCAAAUGAGCAAGAAGAGAAAGUUUGUCGCCGAUGGAGUUUUCUUUGCUGAAUUGAAUGAGGUUUUGACCCGUGAACUUGCUGAAGAUGGUUACUCUGGUGUUGAGGUUAGGGUUACCCCAAUGCGCACUGAGAUCAUUAUCAGAGCUACUCGUACCCAAGCCGUUCUAGGUGAGAAAGGAAGGAGGAUUAGAGAACUGACCUCAGUUGUUCAGAAGAGGUUCAAGUUUCCUGAGAACAGCGUUGAACUUUAUGCUGAAAAGGUUAACAAUAGGGGACUUUGUGCUAUUGCUCAGGCUGAAUCUCUACGCUACAAGCUCCUUGGUGGUCUUGCUGUGCGCAGGGCUUGCUAUGGUGUUUUGAGAUUUGUUAUGGAAAGUGGUGCCAAGGGAUGCGAGGUCAUUGUCAGCGGAAAGUUGAGGGCCCAAAGAGCUAAAUCCAUGAAGUUUAAGGAUGGAUACAUGAUUUCAUCUGGGCAACCAGUCAAAGAUUACAUUGACUCUGCAGUUAGACACGUGCUUCUCAGACAGGGUGUUCUUGGCAUCAAAGUAAAGAUUAUGCUUGAUUGGGAUCCUAAAGGGAAACAAGGUCCUAAAACCCCCCUCCCUGAUAUUGUCACUAUCCACACUCCAAAGGAGGAGGAAUACAACCCACCUCAGGAAUACAACCAGCCUCCUCCCGCUGUUUUGGCCUCCACCGAUAUUGAGGUUCCCGUUGUUUGAGAGAUGUUUUGACUUUGAUCAACCAUUUCAAAGGAGCUUGUAGUUUCUUUUCUCAUUAAGAAAGUUGUGUUUAAUCAUUUUAUUUUUAUGAAUAGUGGUUAUGGUUCCUGUAAUAUAGAACUAAUAUGCUUUUCGUUGCAACACUUUUGUUUACAUUAAUCUAUGUCGUUUAAUAUUCUUCA